CUGGGAAGAGGUUCCAAGAAUAGACAUCUUUGCUGUCCAUACGAUUUUGGGAGAGCUGCACCUUCUCGCCAAAGCUGUACUUUCCCAGAGCCCUUCAGAUCGCCUUGAUGACUUGUGCGGGAAACCCACUGCCCGGUUAUAAAGUGAAUCAUGCACGGAUUCCGUCCUGAAUUGUAGAGAAUUCUUUCAUUUUGAGGCAGCUGGGUAGUCUGAUGCGGCGCCAGUGUAGAAAAAGGUCCAAUCGAGCAGGAUGUUUGGACCUGAGGAUGUUUUCUUCAUACUGCCCUGUGGCUCUCCCUGUUUGUCCCCAGCAGCUCCCCGCUCCUCUGCCCCUUCAUGUCCCUCCAUGUUGCUACAUUUGACAGUUGUGACUUAGCUGAGAAGUAGAUACAAGUUCUCAGUCCUUCUGUCAACUCCUGAUGUACCGGAUACGAAUAACUCAGGGUGAAGCCAAUAGACCAAACUACACCUGGCCUCAUCUGUUCUGGACUUAAGACCCUAGGAGACCCAGAAUUCUAGACAAAGUAAGAUUUAGGAGAGCUGUGUUCAGAAGAAUAAUGACCACAGAAGAAAUCUCACAGUGGCAGAGUGGACCAAAUUUGAUACGUAGAAAAAGUAGCACAACAUUUUAAAAUAAAUCCAUUCAGAAUGACACCUCCUCAGGUUACCUUUGAAAUAAGAGGAACUCUUUUACCAGGAGAAGUUUUUGCCAUAUGUGGAAGCUGUGAUGCUUUGGGAAACUGGAGUCCUCAAAAUGCUGUGGCUCUUCUUCCCGAAAAUGAGACAGGUGAAAGCAUGUUAUGGAAAGCAACCAUUGUACUCACUAGAGGAGUAUCAGUUCAGUACCGCUACUUCAGAGGGUGCUUUUUAGAACCAAAGACUAUCGGUGGUCCAUGCCAAGUCAUAGUUCACAAGUGGGAGACUCAUCUACAACCACGAUCAAUAACCCCUUUAGAAAGUGAAAUUAUUAUUGACGAUGGACAGUUUGGAAUCCACAAUGGUGUUGAAACUCUGGAUUCUGGAUGGCUGACAUGUCAGACUGAAAUAAGAUUACGUUUGCAUUAUUCUGAAAAGCCUCCUGUCUCAAUAACAAAGAAAAAAUUAAAGAAAUCUAGAUUUAGGGUAAAGUUGACACUAGAGGGCUUGGAAGAAGAUGACGAUGAUAGGGUGUCUCCUACCAUUCUUCACAAAAUGUCCAACAGCCUGGAGAUAUCCUUAAUAAGCGACCAUGAAUUCAAGUGCAGGCAUUCACAGCCAGAGUGUGGGUAUGGCUUACAGCCUGAUCGUUGGACAGAGUACAGCAUACAGACAAUGGAACCAGAUAACCUGGAGCUAAUAUUUGAUUUUUUUGAGGAAGAUCUCAGUGAACACGUAGUUCAGGGUGAUGCCCUUCCUGGACACGUGGGGACAGCAUGUCUCUUGUCAUCCACCAUUGCCGAGAGUGGGAAGAGCGCUGGAAUUCUCACUCUUCCCAUCAUGAGCAGAAACUCCAGAAAAACAAUAGGCAAAGUGAGAGUUGACUAUAUAAUUAUUAAGCCAUUACCAGGAUACAGUUGUGACAUGAAAUCCUCAUUUUCCAAGUAUUGGAAGCCAAGAACACCAUUGGAUGUUGGACAUCGUGGUGCGGGGAAUUCUACAACAACUGCUCAGCUUGCUAAAGUUCAAGAAAAUACUAUUGCUUCUUUAAGAAAUGCUGCUAGUCAUGGUGCAGCCUUUGUAGAAUUUGAUGUACAGCUUUCGAAAGAUUUUGUGCCUGUGGUGUAUCAUGAUCUCACCUGUUGUUUGACCAUGAAAAAGAAAUUUGAUGCUGAUCCAGUUGAAUUAUUUGAAAUUCCAGUAAAGGAAUUAACAUUUGACCAACUCCAGUUGUUAAAGCUCGCUCAUGUGACUGCACUAAAAUCUAAAGAUCUGAAAGAAUCUGUGGUUGAGGAAGAAAAUUCUUUUUCUGAAAAUCAGCCAUUUCCUUCUCUUAAGAUGGUUUUAGAGUCUUUGCCAGAAGAUGUAGGGUUUAACAUAGAAAUAAAAUGGAUCUGCCAUCAAAGGGAUGGAAUGUGGGAUGGUAACUUAUCAACGUACUUCGACAUGAAUCUGUUUUUGGACAUAAUUUUAAAAACUGUCUUAGAAAAUGCUGGGAAGAGGAGAAUAGUGUUUUCUUCAUUUGAUGCAGAUAUUUGCACAAUGGUUCGGCAAAAGCAGAACAAAUACCCCAUAUUAUUUUUGACUCAAGGAAAAUCAGAUAUUUACCCUGAACUCAUGGACCUCAGAUCUCGGACAACCCCCAUUGCAAUGAGCUUUGCACAAUUUGAAAACCUACUGGGGAUAAAUGUACAUACUGAAGACCUGCUCAGAAACCCAUCCUAUAUUCAAGAGGCAAAAGCUAAGGGACUAGUCAUAUUCUGCUGGGGUGAUGAUACCAACGAUCCUGAAAACAGAAAGAAAUUGAAGGAGUUUGGAGUUAAUGGUCUAAUUUAUGAUAGGGCCUUACUUGGUUGGAGCCAAAUUGUGACGUGUAAUGGAGAACGGAAUAUACUUUGUGAUAAAAAGCUGCAAAGAAAGAUAUAUGAUUGGAUGCCUGAACAGCCAAAUAUAUUCCAAGUGGAGCAGUUGGAACGCCUGAAGCAAGAAUUGCCAGAGCUUAAGAGCUGUUUGUGUCCCACAGUUAGCCGCUUUGUCCCCUCAUCUUUGUGUGGGGAGCCUGAUAUCCAUGUGGAUGCCAACGGCAUUGAUAACGUGGAGAGCGCUUAGUUUUUACUGGGCAAAGGCUCUUUGGGGGUGCGCACCACUGUUGUGGGGAUUCACCUUUCAUCACCGAGCAUUGUUUAUCUCUGCCUUCUAGGUUUCUCAGUCCAAUGAAGCAAUAAUGAAGUAUUUUACUAUUUCACUACAAUUCUUGCUAGAAUUUCAAGUAUGCUAUUUAAAUCAUUUGGCCAGGUAUAAUUACCAGUCAGUCUCUUUACAGUGAGAAAAUUUAUUGGUUGGCAAACAUUUUAAACUAAAUAUGUAAAUAUGUAAUGUUAAACAAAUGUCCAUUAAAGGCAUAGUGCUUGGAAAUUAACUAUAUAAAUAUAUUUACAGUUCUUACAGCUUUCAUUUGAUCAGGUCUGAAAUAUUUAGCACUUGAGGAACAUGACUAUGCAUAAUUAUACCUGACCAUGGAAAAAAUAAGUACCUCAAAUGCAUGCAUUUGCACUGGUGAUUCCAACUGCACAAAUCUUUGUGCCAUCUAUGUAUAUAUGUAUUUUUUACAUGGAUUGACAUGCACACACACCAUUUGCAUUCAGUAUGAACCUUGAGGCUGCUGCCAUUCUCCCACUUAACCAAACCAAUGCCUGUGUAAACAGCCUGGAGGUGAUCCUUGAAAACUUGUUUCAUAAGUCUUUCAAAAGUUGUUUUGCAUAAAUGUUAAAGUUUCAUAAUGUUGCAGGGUAAUUUAAUGCAUAAAAUAUUAGAAGUAUGUACUGCAUACUUAAUAGAGUAGAUCAUAAUGUAUAAAUUCUAUUCCAUGCAUGCUUUAGGUUUUAAGCAUGAGAUUGUAUACGUUUACUGUAAGUCCUUGCAUCUGUGGUGCUAGGUGAGUGUGAGAAGGUGUCAAGGACUGAAAAUAUUUUGUUGCCUAAAAAAAAAAAAACCUGCUUGUAGGCAUUUUAAAUAUGCUUAUUUUCAGUGUCUCUCACUACCUAUUACACACCGUUGCUCUGUGGGUUUGUUGUGUGUGUGUGUGUGUGUGUGUGUGUGUGUGUGUGUGUGUGUGUUGUACGGUAGUUAAAUCUCCAUGCAGAAAAAUAAAUGUCCUGAAUUCUCACGGUGGUAUUUUUCAUUGGUUAAUGUAUAUCAGGCAUGUAAUUUAUUUAGGAAUGUAGAAGAUCCUUCUAAAUGUAUAUGAGUGUUUUUAGGAUUAUACGAAGAUUUCUUUCCAUAGAAGCUGAUUGUUUUGGCAUAACUGUAACUUAAGAAUGAAUGUUAAAUAAAAUAUACAGAUUUAUUUUCUUCCUUUGAAAACAGAAUUUCAAGAAGGUAUUACUUUUAUAGCAUUGAUUCUCUAAUACUGUUAUGAGACAUUGGAAUUUAGAAAUUGGAAUCCUGCCCUAAAGUAACGCUCUAUUUGCCUCUACCUUUUACUGCAUGUUCUUCACUUCGGCAAUUUAGUCAUGCAUUGACACAUUUUAAGUACUAGCUGAGAACCUAAGACUUGGAAUUACUUGGUGUGUCGUCUUAUUUUUUAAGCCAAACAGUGCAGUUUUGGUUCAGUCUUAAUCAUGUGAAGAUAGGCUUUGAAAUCCUAUAUUUGGUGGUGUGCUGUUAACACUGGUAUUUAAUGGAAAAGAGUUUAGGAAAUGCAGUCUUCUGCAAGUGUUCUAUAUACUUUUCCCAAGCUGAAUGAGAUUUUCCAACACUUUGGUGUGAAUUAGGCAGUUUUAGAGAACUCCUGAAAAAGAAUUCAUUUUACCUGCACACCUGUGUAUAGUACCAUUACCUUAUGGUAACCUGAUUAGCCAUAGGUGUGUGUUUUUGGUCCUGUUCGCUUGCUCUCCUCGCCUCGGCCUUUCCAGUUCCGUGGUAGUGCAGCCCCGUGUUGAAGACUCACAGAUCAUAAAGGGAAAGGAGAGGUGAAGGAGGUGGGGGGGGGAGGGGGUAGUUUCCUGAGCAGUGUGAUUUACAAAGCGCUUACAAGGACUGCUUACGACACGGAAAGAAUCUUGCUGCUCACUUUCUUUCCAUCCCUUCCUGAUCUUACAAACCAGGGUUAGUAGAAAAUUAAAGCCUAGCAAGCAGUAGCUCCCCCAUUUUUACAGGACUAAGUCUAGGCUUCCAUACCGCUAGCCGUUGCCCUGUACAGGGCUCUGACCACACUGUACCCUCGUACCCCUGACCACGCCAUGCUCCUACACUAUUGCCUGUAUGUAGCCAUGCGCCCUGUGCCUGGAAACACUCUCCUCCCCACAAACACUUGCACCCUGCCAAACUCCUUUCUCUUUGAGCUAUCAGCCUCUUCUCGGAGUCCUUGCUGAAACUUGCUCAGGAGGGAUGAGUCCAUCUUUUACUCCAUAGCCAUGUUCAUACCUGGAUCUAGGUAGGCAUGGUUGGUUGUCUCCCCUACUAGGCUGUGGACUCUUCAUGGGUGGAGACCUUGUCUUUUUUAUUUCCACAGUGCAUGGAGCAUAGUAGAAAAAUGUUGGAGUUAUCAGGAUAAUAUAAUUUGUAUCAAAUGUCCUAUUGAAUGAAAAGAAUUAUGUUUACUAAGAAUGUAAACUUUGGUUUACAUUUUGACAGUGGGAACAGUUUGUUGAUGUCAAUUUUAAAUGUAGAGGUAUAAUGUGAAAAUCGUUUUAUAUUUUCUGGAAAUUGAGUGCAAUGUUUGAUAAAAUGCCGCCAUUGUUCUCUGGUGUUUUCUACUCUCUGGAACUCUGUACUGUAACUGACUGGAUGUAAAUGUGAGGAAUACAGUUCAUUCCUGUGUUGGUAGUGCCUCAGGGCUACCAUAGCCGCUCAUUACCUCACUGCCAUUGUUCCUUGUGUCUCCUCCCCUCCCGGCCCGCCCACCCCCCACUCCUUAGACCUACCUCAGUACCGCUUUCCUUCUCCGAAAUGCCUUCUCUGUCUUUCUUCAGUGUCCAGCUCAGGUACUGCCUCCUCCAUAAAACUUUGCUCAGCUUUUGAUUGAAUCAUGAUGCAAACAAAUGCGUGUAGCCUCUAGAUCUCACUGCUUCGUUUUGUCGCUGGGCUAAUAAACCCAGAGAAGUUAACUGACUUUUGCCAGGUUGGGACUAGAACUGGGUUUUGUGAUCCCUGAUCCCGUGUUCUUGAACUACGCUGCCUUCUGAAUUCUUGUAGCAUUUGUCAGCAUGUGCUUUCUUACAGUCCCUCUAUGUGCCUGUUUUAUUUCCUUAAGAUUGUAAGCCCCUUAAGGGCAGGGACUUCUUUGCAUUUCUAGCACUACCAUAGUGUUCUAUACUUAGUCAUGAACUAGACAAAUAAAUGGCGGUGGCAACGA